GCUGCGAGCGUCCCUGCGGCUUUACUCGCCGAAGACUCGCUCACUGAUGUGGGUGGAGCGAAGGAGGCGACAGUUCAGCUCUGUCAAGAAGUUUUCAGACUCCACAGUGUCGUGUUUGCACCGACUUUUAGCUUUAAAGAAAAAGACACACACAGAGAGAAACUAUAGAGAAACAGUGGUGUAGACGGAGAAGCGUGAGCCGGACUCGGACACCGCCAUGGAAGGUGUGUAUGGAUGGGGCAUGGCCCCAAUCAACCCAGUCCAAACAGCAAGCCCCUUCAUAGAGAUCAUCGAGCAGCCAAAGCCGAGGGGGAUGAGGUUUAGAUAUAAGUGUGAGGGACGUUCAGCUGGCAGCAUCCCUGGAGAGAAAAGCAACGACACCACUAAGACCCACCCAGCCAUCAAGGUGCACAACUACAACGGCCCCCUGCGUGUUCGCAUCUCACUGGUAACGAAGAACCCACCACACAAGCCUCAUCCCCACGAGCUGGUCGGGAAAGACUGCAGACACGGCUACUACGAGGCCGACCUGCUGGAGAGACGAAUACACAGUUUCCAGAACUUGGGCAUACAGUGUGUGAAGAAGAAGGAUGUGAAUGAGGCCAUCACUUGCAGACUGCAGACCAAUAAUAACCCCUUCAACAUCCCCGAGACAAAGGUGUGGGAGGAAGAGUUUGACCUGAAUUCGGUCCGACUUUGCUUCCAGGCUUCUAUCACUCUGCCCACGGGAGAGCUGUUUCCUCUGGAGCCUGUGGUAUCGCAGCCCAUCUACGACAACAGGGCCCCCAACACAGCUGAGCUGAAGAUCUGCAGAGUCAACCGCAACUCUGGAAGCUGCAAAGGAGGGGACGAAAUCUUUCUGCUGUGUGACAAAGUGCAAAAAGAGGACAUCGAGGUGCGAUUCUUCCAGGACUCCUGGGAGGGCAAGGGCAGUUUCUCCCAAGCUGACGUUCACCGACAGGUUGCCAUUGUGUUCCGAACGCCGCCCUACCGCGACACUAACCUCAGCGAGCCCAUAAGAGUCAAGAUGCAGCUCCGGCGGCCGUCGGACCGAGAGGUCAGCGAGCCAAUGGAUUUCCAGUACCUGCCAGCUGACCCAGAUGAGUACAGGCUGACCGAGAAAAGAAAGCGCACAGGAGACAUGUUUCAGAAGCUUGGGCCCAUGUUAUCAAGUGUGUCCAUUCCACAAGAUAGACGGUACAUAAGCCAGGCAAGAAGAACAGCCACAGCCAAGCCUCCACCAAUGAACACCCAAGCAGCAGCUGUGGUGCCCCCUGCUGCCACUGGGGCAAAACCCCAGCCCUCCUACACGUACACUCCGCCAGGCCAGCUCUUCUCAGUGCAGCCCAAGGUAGAGACCCCUUCUUCAAUCUCAGCUGCAACUACCAACCAAACAUGGAAGAUCAUUGAGAGUCUGAACCUGGGCUCCCAGCCCAAAGCCACUCCAGUGACCAACUUUACAAUGAGCCCAGCACCAGCCUCCUCCUCCUCGUCCUCUACCACCGCCCCCUCUGCCAACCAGGACUACUCAACAGUCAACAUUGCAGACCUUCAGGAAUUCUUCCCCAUUUCCUCUGGCAUCACCCAGGAGCCGGCAGCUUCCCAAGCAAACGUAGCCUCCUCACAGACCAGCAGCGCCUUCACCCUCCAGGGCUCUCAAUUCCGGGUGGACGCAGCACUUGUGGACGAGGAUAUCCCAGAGUUCCCUAGCUUUUCCGAAGCCCAGGUACCAGGCACCCUGGACAGCCUAAACAUGGAUGAUUUCGAGGACCUUCUGGACCCCCACCUCAUGAGUGUGGAAGGAAACAGCACCACUAUGUUGGGUCAAAUUUCAAGCCAACCAGCUGUCCCGUCCAGCUCCUCAACUGUUGCCCAGAACAGUGCAGUCUCCCAGAACACUUCUGACCCCGCCAGCAACCCAGGAAGCACCUGGAUGAAUUACCCCCACAGCAUUGUCAACCUGCUUCAGAACGAGGGCAUGAUUGGUAUUCCGCCCAGCAACAACAGCCAACAGCCAGUACUCGAUGAGUUUGAUGAGCUGAUGUCCGCUGACGAGGACCGUCUUAUGUCCAUUUUGAAUGUGGAAACCAAGUUGGGUUUGUGUCAGGACACCAAACUUAAAGGGCGUGUACAGUUUUUUUUUUUUUUUAAAUACAUUUUUACAAAGACCACUUCUAUUUACUCCUUUUGCCUCCUUCGCUGUUACUACAGACAAAAAAAGGACGGUGGACAUGAAGAGCUGAAGGAGAUAGAAUGUAGCAGAACAGCUUAUUGUGGACAUACGCAUUGAAAUACAAGCAAAGACUUUUUGUGGUAUGCAGUUAGUGGGUUUGGCCCAAUCUUAUAUACUGUUUGUUAAAACACAGGGCAUGGGCAGGGUACAUAAUCAGAUUUCAUCCCAUUGAUUAGUCUCAUGUUUAUCAUCAGUCAUUAACUCUUUCAUUGAGUGUCAACAAUAAUAGUGGAAGAUGAUCCACCAGCAAGUGUUUGUUUUUCAAAAAGACAAUCAGAUCAGAGGGGUGUACAAUGAGAUUGAUGGGUUAGCAAGGUAUGUUGAGGGGUCAAGGGUUUUCAAUGUCAUAACGGUGACUCUCCUUUUUAAUUUAUUUCCUGACCAAAUUCUCUCUGGAAAAUACAGCUUUUCAGGUGAUGGAAUACGUUGUAUCUACAAUCCUGUUUGACCAUAUGUUAAAAAAAGCCACUGAACAAAACCGUGCAGUUACGGUAGGCAUACUGUAUACGUUGUGUUGCCACGGGAACCGACAUACAUUCAGUCGAUGAUGUAGAAAAUCUAUAUAUUUUUAUGCUCGGUCCUGAUUUGUUUGUUCAUUUCACACUGCUGGCCUUACAGCUAAUAGAUCAAAGAUUAUAAAACUGCAAAGUGCAUUGAUUUUUUUUUUAUCACAGUAGGUUUUCAAUCAAUACCACUAAUUUCACCUUUUUUUUUUAAAAACAUUUUCCACAUAUCCUUCAUCACAGGACAGUGUCAGACCUAGAUGCACUUCUCGAGUGUCAUGUUUAAAUGUUUUAGAGCUCUGAUGUGCAGCUGUUUUAUGAGAAAUAACUGUUAAUCAACAUGGUCCACAAAUUUCCACCCGCUUCUAUAUUAAUCGUAGGUCUUCAUGAUAAAAAACUGUUCCUCCUGACUGAAGUCGGCUGCACACCAAAAUGUCCAAUAAAGCUUAAAAUGGCCCCGUUUACGGGAACGUGCACAGAGCCUUAUGAAAAACACCCGGUUUUUAAAGAAAAAUGAUAACCACUGCUGUGAUUUUGGUUUUAGGUUUUGUCGAACAGAAAGAAAGCCUGACUUUGUUGAUCUCAUCUCGUUUUACACCCCUCAGGUGCUCUGACGAAAGCAUCAGUUGAGAUGGUUUUGAUGGAACAUGUAGAGCAUGUGCUUGUACUGUUAUUUGAACAAUUUUGGUAGCUCUGGUCACAGAAAUGUUCAGGUUUGAUCUGUGUUUCUACUUAAUACAACGGGCUUUUUUUAUUUCUCUGAAAGAAUGUAAUCAGAUUUAGAGGUAAGUCUAUGCAAAUUGUGCCCACUGUUCUUUUCAGUAAAUAUCCCUUUGGGUUAUAUUAAAUGUGUUUAAAUGUUUUCUGAAGGUUGGCAGUGACUGUCUGAAUGUGCAAAGAACCAAAUGAAGGUCUACGUGUAGAUAACUAUCAAACAAUAUUAAGUACAUGCUUAUAGCAGAAAGGUCUUGCUUUUUGUCCGGCGGUAUCAUUUCCCCUGCUCUCUAAUCAGUUUUUCUACAGUCAUUUUAUGAAUUAUGGCUGCAGUUUAACUCAACUGUGUCAGACCUGUGGGUCAACUUGCUAUACUCGAGUAAAAGAUGCUUUAUUGAGAUGUAAUUAUGCAGUUUUGUUUUGUUUUUUUACGUGUGAUGUAAGCAAAAUAUAAUUAUGCAAUUUUGACUGUAAUGAAUGACUAACUGUUAACAUUCAAAACACUUUUCUUGGCAAUAAAAAAAACCACAACAUGUAAA